AUGGAGGGAAAUGAUAAUAGUAACAGCAAACAAUAUUCGUUGAGAUGGGAAAAACAUGCAUUUAAUUUAGCAUCUGAAGCAGGUUGCUUUUUCGAAGAUGAAUCUUUUUUAGAUUGUACACUUUCUGCAGAAGGACAAUGUAUUGAUGCACAUAAAAUAAUAUUAUCAGCAUCAAGCUCUUAUUUGUCUAAUUUAUUGAAAAUAAUGCCGGACAAACAUCCAAUAUUAAUAUUUAACGACAUAAAAUUCGAACAAUUGAAAUCCCUCGUUGCAUUUAUUUACAAUGGAUCGGUUAACGUGUCGGAAAACAACAUACACGGAUUUUUAAACGCAGCACAAUCAUUAUUGAUAAAAGGAUUGUCUGAAGAAACAAAAGAAGAGAACAGGAGAAACGUGGAAAAUUCAAAGAAAAAUUCAAAUUUUCUCACGGACGUUAAUCGAACGAAUCAUUCGCGUAGAGGAAACGUAAAAAACCUUCAACAACAACAUCAUCAUCAUCAUCAUCAUCAUAAUCAUCCUCCACCACCGCCUCCUCUUCAUUCUCCAUCUCUGACCGGGACGAGAAAAUCAUCGGAAUUUCCAAUUCCGGACAAUGGGAAAAAUAUAAAAAGGCAAAGAGGAUGGAUGACGAAUAAAACGGAUGGAAUCGAAUGCGAAGAAAGUUUAUCCAAACUCCAGGAAAUAUCAUUCACGAAAUACAUAAAUCAAAAUUUAAAUUCUAAAUCUCACAUAAGAAACGAUGUGUCUGAACAUAAAUGGAACGGACCCGCGGAUGACAAAUAUAAAUGUUCAGAGAAUUACGUGGUUAGAAGUUGGAAACACAACAGCAUGGAAGACAUAAACGGAAGACACAAACAAAAUAAAAACAAUAUAAUAAAAAGAAUAAAAAUAGAAAAGCAAAUAGGAAAUUCUGGUGCUGUUGGUGCUGGUGCUGUCGGGGCUGGUGCUGUUGGUGCUGGUGCUGUCGGGGCUGGUGCUGUUGGUGCCAUCGUUAAUCAAACGAACGAUUACGAUAACGUUUCCGAUAAUAAAAAUCAUUUAGAUAAACCUAACGAUGAUAAAAUAAAAAAAGAAAUAGAUCCAGGACAGAUAUUAUUGGUAGAACCCAAACAAGAAAUAACCGAAGAAGAUGAAGAAGAAGAAGAUGAUGAUGGAGAAGGAGAAGGAGAAGAAACGAACAAUUGCGAAGAUGGUUUUGGUCAUGUAAACGUCACUGGUGACACGAUCAAUUCUGAUACCGAUUCAAUUUACGAUGGAAGACCCUUAAAUAAUUUCUACCAACAGCCUGUCGUCGAUAGAGGGAUACCAGUACCUUUGCUCAUGUGUCGAACGUCAUUAAGCGAACCGGAAACGGUCGAACCUGAUUGGAUGUCACAUAUAUCAAACAAUCACGCACCAUCCGAACCAUCACCUCACACGAAUUCAUCAUCGUCCGACGUUAAAGAUCUUCAAUGUAGGAGUUGCGCACAAGAACUUCCCUGUCCGACGUGUACGAAAAAAUACAAAAGCAGAUACGCUUUGAACAGGCACAUACUUUACGAAUGCGGAAAAGCGAGGAAAAGUUUUUCAUGUGACGAAUGCGGUAAGAAAGUAACGCGACAAGAUACCCUACAAAAACACAAACUCAUACAUUUAGUACAACAUUUGAAGAAAAAAGAAAACGAAACGGACGAAGAAUCGUCAAAACCUAAAAAAUCAUGUUAG